AUGUCCUGUGUUAUCCAGGAAAUUGGAGCUGGGCAUACGACUUGCUCCGUUGCGGACCAGGCAUGCAUAUGCAAUGAUCACGUCCUCUCAGGCUAUGUGCAGGAGUGUGCCAUGGCGAAUUGCACAGUAAAGGAGCUGUUGGUUGCCCAGAAUGCGACACUUGCUACCUGUGGAGUGGCCCCAUCCCAGCAGGAUACUGUCAUGAGGUGGUUCCGAGCCGUGCUGUUCGGCCUCCCGACGUUCUUCAUCGUUGUUCGAAUGAUAAACAAGUAUAUGAAACUUUCGACGUGGUGGUGGGACGACUGGACCAUUCUCAUUGCCUACAUCCUUCUUGCAGCUUUCCUACCGGCAGCUUACCUUGCCGAAGAAACCGGAGCAGGUCGAGAUAUUUGGACUCUUACUCCUAGCCAGAUCACCAACUUUUUACUGCUCUUUUACGUAUUUGGUCUUCUUUAUAUGGCCUGUCUGGGCGCCAUCAAGGCGUCGAUACUCUUUCUUUAUCUUCGAAUCUUCCCCGACGAGAGAUUCCGCAAGAUUCUCUGGUGCACGCAGGUCUUUAACCUACUUCUUGUAGUUGCAUUUGUUGCAACCACCAUCGGCUCAUGUCAACCCGUCAACUUCUUCUGGAAUGGCUGGGCCGGGGAAAUGAAGGGCAAGUGCAUCAACUUGAAUGCCUUUGCCAUGUGCCACGGAGUCCUCAACGUCGCCCUGGAUGUUUGGAUGCUUAUUCUGCCAGCGACCCAGGUGUGGCACCUGAAGAUGCAGUGGCAGAGGAAGCUGGGCGUAAUGCUCAUGUUCGGCGUCGGAGUGUUCCUCACAGCAGUUAGCGCGUACCGCAUACGGACUUUGUUGCUCUUUGCGACAUCUUAUAACGUCACAGCCGACUCCUUCCAAAGCUCCCUCUGGUCCCAUAUCGAACUCUGCGUGGGCAUCUUUGUGGCGUGUCUACCGAGCACACGCCAGCUUUGGAGAAUUAUCUUCCCCAAACUCGUCGAAGUGACGCACCUGUCCCGGUCCGGACGGUCCGGGAAGGGUUCCAAGUCCGAGUCGCAAGCCUCCAGAACGAUAUCAAGUCCUCCAGAGCGACGACGCGGGUCCUAUGAGGACUCGUCGAUAGCCCACUUGGUCGGAGAUUUCAGUCGCAUCGGUCUGAGCGACACUCAUUCCGAGCCCGAUUCGCCAUUCACGCCAAAGGCCCUAAAAAACGAUUACGAAUUGAAGGAGAGCCCGCAGUCAAGCAGUUCGAGAGGCGGAUGA